AUGACCGCAUCCAACGCUGAGGCCACCGGGUCAUUUGCAUCCAUGGAAGACCCCUUCGUUGCGAAUUCUGGAAAGCCAGCUGUUCCUCGUGACUCCAAUCGAUACUCGUCCUUUGAUACACAGCUAUACAGCCUAAAUGCGUCUUCACCAGCACAGGCCAAACGGGCCCUCGAGGCCCACUUGGCGGAGACGGAGCGUCGACUGGAGGAGGCUUCAAGGCUCGGAACGGCCCUUAUCGAUCAGCAACGGCAGCUCUCAGAGCAGUUGAAGGAGGUCGAGCAGGAGCAGAAUGAGGGAGAAAUGGGCCCGGAACUGCGACGCAAACUUGCAGAUUUGGAGAAGGAGUACAACGAGAUCGGCCGUGAGUCGGCACGGGCAUUUUUAGCACCCAAACGUCUUGCCGGAGGCCCAGAGGAUGCUCAGCUUGGAACGCCAUCUUUCGAUCAAAAGUCACCCCUAAGUCCCGCUUUGUUCGCCAGUCAAGCCACAAAUUCCCCUAGCAAAGUCAGCGUUCCAUCCCGCAAGCAGCGCAAUCAACCAUCGAACCGUGUCCAUGAUAUCGAAUUUGCGACUGAGAUCUCCACUUCACUUUUAGCCCAGGUACGCCAACUGCAAGCUCUUCUCGCAGAACGGGAUGAGACACUCAAGUUUGUUAAUUUGGAAAAAUCGCGACUUGAGUUGGAGGCAGAGGGGUAUGCACAAAGAAUCCGGGCGCUCGAUGAUAGUGAGCAACGCUACAAGGACGAGAACUGGGCGCUGGAGACUCAAGCACACGAGUUGAUGGCAGCUGCGAGGGAGGCCGCGGAACGUGAACAACGGCUCAACAGCAGCAUAACAUUGUCAAAUUCGGAAAAGAACGCCGCGGAACGAGAGCUGGAGGAGCUAAGGCAAACCAAUGCGAGGUUACUUGAGGAUCAGAGCCUCACGCAGAAGGCAAAUGAUGCGGAAAUCCACCUCUUGCGGCGGAAUCUGACUUCUGGCGAUGCGGAAAAGUCUGCGCUCCAAAAGAAGUUGAUGGAAAUGACUUCUCAGAAUCAAGAACUCGCCAAGGCAGUUGCCAUGAGGCUCCGGGACCAUGAAAACCAAGGCUCGAGGGAUGUUUCAUAUGACAACGACGGCAAUGAGCCCGAGCAUAUCACACCUGAAAGCUCUCCGCCACCAUCCCCCAACAAGUUCACUCCUCGACACGGCCAUCUUGAAUCGGAAACCUUGAAGAGCUCGCUCGGCCAUGCUCAUCGCAUGAUCCAGAACCUCAAGAGCACAAUUCACCGCGAGAAGACCGAAAAGAUUGAGCUCAAGCGCAUGCUGCAAGAUGCUCGGGAUGAGGUUGAGCAACGCCGCCGUGACAGCACUGCGCUGAACGGAGCCAGCAAACGCCAAAAGACGAAGACGGAUUCGUCCCGAAAGCCUCCCCGCCCAGAUCUUCUGGGUGCAGGCCGCAAAGAGAAAUCAUUUGUUGAGCUUCACGACACAGACUGGGAAGACAAUGCCGGCCAAAUCAGUCCUACCCAGACCCACGCUAAGGCGAUAUCCACUAGGGGCCGCCCUCGCUCCGAGUCUCCCUCAGGACCUAGUGACGUCUACCAGACAGCUACCGAGGCGGAGGAUGGAUUUGAAACAGCGAAUGAGCGGGCAACCGCAACUGAGAGCGAAGCAUUCCAGACGGGUGUCGAAAGCAUGGCGGAUGACAGCAGCGAUUCGGCAGAUCUUACCGAGACGGAAAACAACGUACAGACAACUCCUCGCCGCCGAGUGCCUUCUUCCCUGGUCAUGGCCAAAGCUCGCGAUCGCACCUCGUAUCACAGCACUGCUUCAGCAUCUUCCGAUGAUGAAGAAUAUGAUAGAGCGUUCGGCUCUCCGAGCCAAAUGAAUAUCUCCCGACCCCGUGUUAAGUCCAAACGCAGCAUCUCGAGACGCAUUCGUCCAUCUGGAGAGGCCACAUUCGCAUCCACCAGUCGUCCUUCGAGUUCACGCGAAUCCGCAGCACCCAGCUUUGCGCCAGUACCAGCAGCCCAAGAGGGCCAGAGCCUCUUUGCCGAACUUGGAGAGUUCGACAGCACCGAGGAUGAUGAAGUAACCUCUCAGGCUUCGACACCACGAAUGGAGCCUGCAUCGGGUUCACGAAGACCCUCGGAUGCAAUGCUGGAUGCACCACCUAAGCCCGCAAUGGUGGAUUCUGGUGUUAUGACUGAACCUUGGGAGCCCACGCCUUCUAUAACUGCUGGCAUUGUUGCUGGAGCUGCCGGUCUUGCUGCAGGAGCUGCUCUGCCGCAUGCUCUCGCUGCACCCCAGGAAACUCAAACAGCAGACCCGGAGAUCGUCGAAAAAACUAAAGAAACUCGUGAUCUACCAGAUAUGGGCAUGGCAGACGUUUCUUCCCAAGAGACCACGCCUUCUGCACCUAAGCGGCCUGAUCUGAGUGUCUCAUACAUCACUGGGGGAACCACUACACCUGUGAAGCAUGAGCUGCCCGCGCCGGAAGUGCCGGAAAUGACGAUAUCUUCAAUUUCAUCACAAACCACUAAUCCCAUUCAACCAGCGGUUCUCGUACCUGAGCCAAUCAUCAAGCAUGUCGAUGUCAUCAAAUACGUGGAACGCGAGCCGGAGGUGCCCGAGCUGACCUUCUCCUCCAUCACCACUCAAUCAACUUCCCCUGUCCAGACAACACUUGCUGUGCCAGAGCCUGUGAUCAAGUACGUGGAUGUGAUCAAGCACGUUGAACGCGAGCGUGAAGUGCCAGAGUUGAGCUUCUCGUCUGUCGCCGCUCAAUCGACAGCACCUGUCCAAGCAAUCCAGGCAACUGUUCCUGAGCCAGAACCCGUCAUCAAAUACGUCGACGUAAUUAAACACGUCGAGCGCGAGCGCGAGAUCCCCGAGUUGACAUUAUCUUCCAUUAAUAAUCAAUCCACUGUCCCUAUCCAGGCAACGCUUGCUGUGCCGGAGCCUAUCGUCAAGUACGUGGAUGUGAUCAAGCACGUCGAACGCGAGCUUGAGGUGCCCGAAUUGACCUUCUCUUCCAUCACCACUCAAACCACUGAGCCAGUCAAACCAACUGUUCCUGAACCGCAGCCGCCUGUCAUUCAAUACGUUGAUGUCAUUAAGCACAUUGAACGUGAGCGUGAAGUGCCAGAGUCAAGCUUCUCUUCUAUCACCACUCAAUCCACUGCGCCUGUACACGCAACUUUUGCUAAAGCGGAGCCGAUUAUCGAAUACAUUGACGUAAUCAAGCACGUUGAGCGCGAGCGCGAGGUGCCUAAGUUGACGUUCUCUUCCAUCAACAACCAGUCCACUGCCCCUGUACAGGCAACCAUCGCCAAAGCAGAGCCUGUCAUUGAAUACGUUGAUGUUAUCAAGCACGUCGAACGUGAGCGUGAGGUGCCCGAAUUGACUUUCUCUUCGAUCACCACUCAAUCCACUACGCCAGUCAAAGCAACUGUUCCUGAACCGGAGCCACCUGUAAUUCAAUACGUCGAUGUUAUCAAGCACGUUGAACGUGAGCGCGAGGUACCGAAUUUGACGAUCUCUUGCCUCGAUCCAGCAUACACGGAGCCUAUUAUUCCAAGACCCCGCCUUGUCCCUACGCCGGCAUUGUCAUUCUCCUCUGUUCGCUCUGUGGAAACUCAUCCAGUGAAGUCUAUGCCAUUUGUCAUCCCUGCGGUGGCAGACUUAUCUACUCAAACCGAGCCGACAGAGUCAAAGGCCGCAGGAGCCGCUGUGAUUGUCCACGAAGACCAGCCUGCUGACGCUACUCGUAGCCGCACUAGCACAGCGAAUAGUGACCAUCUCGUUGGUGCCGGACUGGCCUUGAACGAUAUCUCUGGCAACGCCCUUCCUCGCUCUGCUAGACAGCAAUCUAGUUCAGUGAGCAUGGACCAAGGAUCCCAGACUAUCCUAUCCUCUAAACAGAUAGAUCAAAUCCUUAUGGAUCGUGUGUCCGCACGCCCGCUAUCUUCCGACAGCCAGGUGACGGACAACUCACGAGAGAUUGCCGCAGUCACCACAACUGCCGCAUCUCCUUACGUGACACCCAAAGCUUCGACGCGACCUCGCCUUUCGCAAAUUCAGUCUGCGAAGUCAACAACGCCGAAUUCCCGCCGGCCUCCCAGUGCGGCCAGUCAGACAUCUGGUGUCAGCCAUCCCCCACUGCCCGUCGAUCACCGGGAAGCUAUUUUGGCAGCCGAGAAGAAGCCCAUCGACGUGGCCCCGCCAUCUCCUACCUCUGUCAUGGGGCCUCCUUUGGCACCUGCCUCCGCCUACCGCAUGAACUCCCAGCGCCCACUUACGCCAAGCGAACAAGCUGCGCGGGCUACCUCUUCAAGAACCGGUUCAUCUCAGGCCAGAAUGAGGAGAGGAAGUCAAAGUCAGAUGUCUCGACGAUCCUCAGUGUCGUCUUUCGCGUCUGAGCUCGAGGAGCGUUUCAAUAUUGCCCCUCACGCUGGCCCCAUGCCUCACGGCUAUGGACCUAAUACGGAUCCGCGCAUGAUCCAGGCGAUUACUCAAACCAUGAUUGGUGAAUUCCUUUGGAAGUACACUCGCAAGACCGGCUCAUCGGAUAUGUCCACAACAAGGCACCGACGAUACUUCUGGGUUCACCCGUACACCCGUACUCUGUACUGGAGUACGCAGGACCCGCAAACUGCCGGAAAGAGUGAGCUCCGUACCAAGAGUGUGCCUAUUGAGGCUGUUCGAGUGGUUGCCGAUGACAACCCGUAUCCUCCGGGUCUUCACUGCAGAAGUUUGGAGGUUGUCAGUCCUGGCCGACGAGUUCGGUUUACGGCUACGACGAGUCAGCGGCACGAGACAUGGUUCAACGCGUUGUCUUACCUGCUUUUAAGGGAGACCAACGACAACUGCGAGGACAAUAACAGCGUAACCCUCGACGAUAUCAACGAGUUCAACCCCCCUAGCUUCCGGUCUGAUUCUCGUCAGACAGCACGAAUGUCGUUCUCAUCUUACAAUAGCCGCACCGCUCGUCAAGCAUCCAAGCAACAGCGGCGAGCGGCCUCGGCGAUGUCCAUGCGAUCUUCUGGGACUCUCGGUGGGCGUGCAUCACCGGCGCUCAGCUCACCUGUACCAAACUCGUCGUUGCAAGUUCCCGAUGAUCGCCAACGUUCUUCGUCAAGACUCAGCACCAUCUCCAGUUCGAUUCGGGGGUCCAUCGCAAGUUUGAAGGGACGGCACGGUCAAUCUCCCAGUAUCCACAAUGAAAGUCUUCAUGGCCAAGAAAGUGCCGAUGAUCUAAGAAAUGUGAUCGAAACCCAGGAACAAGACCGGCUCGAAAAUGUCCGCGCCUGUUGCGACGGAAAACACGAUGUUGGCUCUCUUUCUCGCACCAGUCGAUACAGUCCGAGGGUCAACCGCAUCCACUCACCCCACCAUCACUGA